UCACUUUGACAUUUCAUUUCAACCUCCGCUAUUAACUCUUCCAAAUUUAUAUCCAUUCCAUAUUUUGCAUUCAAAUUUGUUUUCUUUUUUUAAAUAAUUCUAUUAAUUAACCAAUUUUCAUUAAUGGAGAGUACGGAUUCUUCCACCAGUUCCCACCACCCCCACCUCCCGCCGGGCUUCCGAUUCCACCCCACAGACGAGGAGCUCGUUGUUCACUACCUCAAGAAGAAGGCCACCUCUACUCCACUUCCGGUUGCGAUCAUAGCAGAGAUCGAUCUUUACAAGUUUGAUCCGUGGGAGCUGCCGAGUAAGGCGACGUUUGGAGAGCAAGAGUGGUAUUUUUUCAGUCCGAGAGAUAGAAAGUACCCUAAUGGGGCCAGGCCAAACAGAGCUGCAACAUCAGGAUAUUGGAAAGCUACUGGUACUGAUAAACCUAUAGUGACAUCUAUUGGGAAUCAAAAGGUUGGGGUGAAGAAGGCCCUGGUUUUUUAUGGCGGUAAGCCUCCGAAAGGUGUUAAAACCAAUUGGAUUAUGCAUGAAUAUCGUCUUGUCGAUAAUAACUCUGCUGCAAAACCUCCGCCUCCAUCUGAUUUAGCCAACAAGAAAGCUUCCUUAAGACUUGACGACUGGGUUUUAUGCCGGAUUUACAAGAAAAACAACACGCAGAGACCAAUGGAGAGAGACAAAGAUCAAGAUUGUAUCGAGGGGAUGUACACAUCACACUUACAAACCUGCAGUCAUCAAAAUCAAAAACUCCCCGCUAAGAAUGACACAGGUGGCUAUGGAAAUUCACUGCUUGAACAUGAUGAUCAUAAUUUCUUUGAAGGGGUGUUAUCAGGAGAAGGCAUGCAGCAAAACGGUUUCGUUUCUCAAUUAGCUUCUUCAAAUAUCCCCAAGCCCAACAUCUCCAACAUCGUCUCCCCUUCUACCACAAACACUUUCCCUGUUAAACGUCCGAUGUCCUCGCCGUAUUGGAAUAAUGAAGUUGCCAGUGGUGGUAACACGAUAACAGCCUCUUCUUCCGGGAAGAGAUUUCACGGCGAUCUUAACAGUGGCAGCACGGCGACUGAUGACAAUAAUAAUAAUUCCUUCGUUUCAUUGCUGAAUCAGCUCCCACAGAGCGUGCCGUUUCAAGUCCCCAACUCUCUUCUUGGGUCUCUGGGUGAUGGAAGUUUGCGGCAACAGUUUCAACUUCCCAGCAUGAACUGGAAUUCAUAAUUUGUGAGAUUUACCAUAAAUAAUUAUUAUUUUAUAUAUAUAUAUAUAUAUACACACACACAUCCACACCCACAUAUAUUUACAUAUGAAGAUUUAUAUUUUAGCAUAUAUAUAAUAAAUUAAUACAGUUUGAAGAUGGGCAAAUAUCUUGGAUGUGUUGGAAAUUUGUCAGAGCAAUCUUAUGAAAACCCAAUUUUAAAUAUUCAAUUGUGUAUCUAAAUUAUAUAUCAUCAUGUGAUUUGGUUUUCAAAUUA